AGCGGAGUGGUGUGCCGGCCGCGCGACACCCCGCACCGUUCGUGCCGUGCUGACCACAGGACAGCACUCCUUCGCUCCCCUCUUCCUCCCGUGAUCCCGUCCGCAUUCGUCUCCCUCAGCAGGUCGGACUUCUGGCUCUCCAGGAACUCGGCGAGGAUGGAAAUGUUUUUCGGCAGCUUUCUCAGUGAAUCAGCAUCAUCACAGAACCUUUUUGGCCACCCAGAUGUUGAGAGAUGCCCAUUCCUUAGAAACAUCAACGGAGCUACAACCUUAUCAUUUACUUCUGCUUUGCCAGUAGCUGCCCGAGGAGGCAAGGGUCCAAUUUUUGAGGAUGGACCAGGCUUUGAGUCAGCAUUCAAGCUUUUCCAUGGCCGAGACGGAAUAGUUCCCCUUUCAGAAAGAUCAUAUGUACCUGAUGAAAACCACAAUGAGAGCAUUAAUGUGAAGACUGAACCUGCUCUGCCAUUUAAUCCCUUGGCUGCUAGAGCAGCCACAAUAAGUCUAUCAGCAUUUGGACCAUUUGGUUUUGGCUUUUUCAACGGCAAGGGCAAAAGGCAGAACAAGAAACCCAACAAUCUAGAUCAGUCCCACAAGAAGCCCAAGACCCCAGAUCAGUCUUCCAUGAAACAAAAGGGAGUCAACCCACCAUCGCACGAGGCAUUCAGCGAUGAAUGGUUGGAAAAUGGCCAGUGUCCACUUGCGCGGUCUUACCGGGCAAUGAGUGGUGUUUUGCCCCUUGUUGCCAAGGCUUUACAGCCACCAGCUGGUAUGAAGCUGAAGUGUCCACCUGCUGUGGUUGCUGUCCGAGCCGCCCUUGCACGAACCGCACUUGUGAAAUCCCUGCGACCGCAGCCCCUGCCCUCGAAGAUGGUAGCCAUUGCACUUCUGGGAAUGGCGGCAAACAUCCCUCUUGGGGUGUGGCGGGAGCACACCAAGAAGUUCUCUCCUCAGUGGUUUGCAGCUGUCCAUGCUGCUGUUCCAUUCCUUGCAAUGCUGAGGAAGUCUGUUGUGAUGCCCAGGACUGCGAUGGUAUUCACCAUAGCAGCCUCCAUUGUUGGCCAGACUAUUGGGUCAAGGGCUGAGCGCAUCCGUCUGAGGAAUCUGGCUGCAAAGGGUGCUGUUGAUUCUACGACAACUGCUGCCAUGUAUCCAAACAAGAAUGGGAAUUGCAGCAACACCGAGGGCAAGGCAUGGGAUCCCCUCGCAACGAAGAUGGCGGACCCAGCUGCUAGGCGUGCAUCUGCGCCAACCCCUAGCAUGUGCUUCUGAUUGUGUUGCCCAUGUAAUUCACGCAAGUCCCUGCAGAAUGCCUGAACUACUUUAUCUUAUAGUGUCAUGUAAUUGCCAUGUUUGUCCCUGAAAACUGAGCUGUCCAUGGGGCGAGACAAGUGGAAUAAAUGGUACCACAGUUUGCUGUGUUGUUAUGGUAUGGGCUUAUGCACGCAUCUGUAAUUUGAUGCUGCUAUAUUUCUACUUAAAAA